UAUCACACCAAUCCGUACACACACACACACGGCUGUUGUCUUCCUAGCCGAUGGUUGUUAGUAGCCGCGGUAGCGGGCUAGCUAGCUGGCUAGCUGCGAAUGACAGGGCGAAAUUUAGACAAAUGCUUUCACAGGACGAAAUAUUGACUUUUCUUAACGUCUGAAAUAUACGUGAAUAUGGGUGUGUGAUCAGGGAGGUAGCUAGCAAGCUAACGUUUUACACGAAUCGCGACUAGCUAGGUUGUUUUUCUCUCUUAGCCGAGAGACUAAAGUAAUUAACGCCAAGUAUCCAACGUUAGCAAAGCCAUUGAGCUCAGAUCGCGUUCCAGCCAAAAGAGGAUGAACUGGAUUUUCCCUUUAUCCAAGGGGUCUGGACCACUUCCACCUUUGAACAGUUUACAACAGCAACGGCAGAGACAAAUAGACUCACUCAAAGCUGCGCAUUCCAACAUAGCUGAGAUUCAGAAGGAUGUGGAAUACAGGAUUCCGUUCACAGUCAACAAUACAACUGUCAGCGUUAACAUUUUGCUUCCACCCCAGUUUCCCCAGGAGAAACCGGCGGUCAGCGUGUAUCCCCCUGUUGCCCAUCAUUUAGUGGACAAGCACAAUGGCAGCAUGGUUACCAGCCCCCUCAUAACAAACUUUGGAAUGCACUCGGAUUUGGGGAAGGUCAUACAGAGUCUGCUGGACGAGUUUUGGAAGAACCCCCCUGUCCUGAUCCCAGGCCCCACCAGCUUUCCCUUCAUGUACAAACCGACAGGCAUGCCCCCGUACCCUCAGCAGGGCUUCCACUUCCACCCCGCCUUCCCUCCUCAGGACAGCCCCCGCCCCGCCGGCCCUGUCCCCAUGCCUCACCCGGGGACGGAUCCCCACGGCCCCCCACGGGCUGCCGCACCCGCCUACGGCCUCAUCACGGACCUGCCUCUCCCAGUGCCCACUGCGGACGCCCAGGCAGGGUUAAACGGCCACAUGUACAAGAUGCCUGAAAUACCCGAGUCUUUUCUGGAGCUUUCUGAAAUGAGCGUGUCUGAGCUGAAGGAAAUGAAUGACCAGGAGGACGUUCUGCUGGAGUUCUUUGCUGGUCUGCCGCAGCUGAAGCAGGUGACCAUGGACAAGGACGAGCUGGUCAACAACAUCGUGGACAUUGCCAAGAAAAACCUGUCACUGGAGCCGCAGCUGGAGGGAAAGAGACAGGAGAUGUUGUUCAAACAUGAGCAGAUCACUCAGAUGAAAUCUUCCUUUGAGAUGAAAAUGCAGAGACAGCAUGAGCUCAGUGAGAGCUGCAGUCUGAGUGCCCUGCAGGCCAGGCUGAAGGUGGCAGCCCACCAGGCUGAGGAGGAGUCCGAGGACACGGCCGAGCACUUCCUGGAGCGCAAGACCGAGAUCGACGACUUCCUCGCCAGCUUCAUGGAGAAGAGAACGCUUUGCCACUGCAGACGCGCUAAAGAGGAGAAGCUUCAGCAGUCCAUCAACGCUCACGGACAGUUCCACACGCCUCACUAGAGCCCAGCCCUCCUCGUCCUCUCUGUUUUUUAAGGGUUGAAUUUGAUCUACCAGCACAGCGCCUAUGAAGAUGAGAAAAGCACAUUGUAUUCAGCAGAUGGAGGGAUCUGAAGAGGGAUCUGAAGAGCCACACAAGGAUUUGUGAAUUUAACGGCUUCAGAACUAGCCACGUGUUUGAACUCAUUUUGGAAUCAAAGUCCAGAUAAAGGCUGUUUGGGGGAAAGGCCUCAAAUUUACUUGAAUUCCAACAACAACAAUGUUAAUGCUGCCGCAUAAGUACGAUGAAUACUGUAUUUAAAUAAUGUUAAUAAUAGCCUUUAUUAUAAUCCAAUACCAUGUAUUAUAUGUUAUUUAAUUUGUUAGGUAAUAAACCUUUAGAAUAA